GUCUCGCGCCAACCGGUCCCCGGGCGCCCGCCCCUCCCCGGCCGCACCCGAGUCCUCGCGCGCGCCGCCACCACGCGCCCCCCGCCGCCGCUGCCGCCGCCCCAAUCCCGCGCCGCCGCCGCCGCCGCCGCCGCCCCAGCCCUCCCCGCCCGGACGUCCCGCGAGGAGCCGCCGCCACCCGGGAGGAGGAGGAUGAAGGACAAACAGAAGAGGAAGAAGGAGCGCACGUGGGCCGAGGCCGCGCGCCUGGUAUUAGAAAACUACUCAGAUGCUCCAAUGACACCAAAACAGAUUCUGCAAGUCAUAGAGGCAGAAGGACUCAAGGAAAUGAGAAGUGGGACAUCCCCUCUUGCAUGCCUCAAUGCCAUGCUACAUUCCAAUUCAAGAGGAGGAGAGGGGCUGUUUUAUAAGUUGCCUGGCCGAAUCAGCCUUUUCACACUCAAGAAGGAUGCCCUGCAGUGGUCUCGUAAUCCUGCUGCAGUGGAUGGAGAAGAGCCAGAGGACUCAGCUGAUGUGGAGAGCUGUGGGUCUAAUGAAGCCAGCACUGUGAGUGGUGAAAAUGAUGUAUCUCUUGAUGAAACAUCGUCAAAUGCAUCCUGUUCUGCAGAGUCUCACAGUCGACCCCUUUCCAAUCCCAGAGACAGCUGUAGAGCUUCAUCACAGGUAAACAAACAAAAGAAAAAGACAGGGGUGAUGUUACCUCGAGUUGUCCUGACUCCUCUGAAGGUAAACGGGGCCCACGUGGAAUCUGCAUCAGGGUUCUCGGGGCGCCACGCCGAUGGUGAGAGUGGCAGCCCAUCCAGCAGCAGCAGUGGCUCUAUGGCCCUGGCCAGUGCUGCCAUUCGUGGCCAGGCCGAGGUCGCCAGGGACCCUGCCCCGCUCCUGAGAGGCUUCCGGAAGCCGGCCUCAGGUCAAAUGAAGCGCAACAGAGGUGAAGAGAUAGAUUUUGAGACGCCUGGGUCCAUUCUUGUCAAUACCAACCUCCGUGCCCUGAUAAACUCCAGGACCUUCCAUGCUCUGCCAUCACACUUCCAGCAGCAGCUUCUUUUCCUGCUACCUGAGGUGGACAGACAGGUGGGGACAGAUGGACUGUUGCGCCUUAGCAGCAGUGCUCUCAAUAAUGAAUUUUUUACCCAUGCGGCUCAGAGCUGGCGGGAACGCCUGGCUGAUGGUGAAUUCACUCAUGAGAUGCAAGUCAGGAUACGACAGGAAAUGGAGAAGGAAAAGAAGGUAGAACAAUGGAAAGAAAAAUUCUUUGAAGACUACUAUGGACAGAAAUUGGGCUUGACCAAAGAAGAGUCAUUGCAGCAGAAUACAGGCCAGGAGGUGGCUGAAAUUAAGAGCGGUCUGAGUGUCCCGGGAGAAUCAGUGCGGCCACAACGGGGCCUGGGUGCUCGUCAGCGGGACGGGUAUUUCAAGAAACGCUCUCGUCCUGAACUACGAACAAGAGCUAGAAGAAAUCUAUAUAAAAAACAGGAUGCAGAACAGACAGGAGACGCCAAGGAUGUGAACUCAGUGGUGCCAGAUAUCACACUCUCCAAAGAUGGAGAGGGUAAAACAGAUGCAGCAGGGGUGAGCAGUCCCCCUCAGCCAGGUGUGUCCUUGACAGCAUCUGGCCAGGAGGGUCUCAAAAGCAAAUCUGAGGCUUCCGGGAUCCAGCUUGAGUCAGACAACUCAGCACGUGCCUCUGCGUCUCCAGACAGAAUUCCCAGCUUACCUCAGGACACUGCGGAACAGGAGCCAAAGGAUCAGAAGAGGAAAUCCUUUGAGCAGGCAGCCUCUGCAUCCUUUCCCGAAAAGAAACCCCGGCUUGAAGAUCGUCAGUCCUUUCGUAACACAAUUGAAAGUGUUCACACCGAAAAGCCACAGCCCACUAAAGAGGAGCCCAAAGUCCCGCCCAUCCGGAUUCAACUUUCACGUAUCAAACCACCCUGGGUGGUUAAAGGUCAGCCCACUUACCAGAUAUGCCCCCGGAUCGUCCCCAUCACGGACGCCACCUGCCGGGGCUGGACUGGUGCCAGGACCCUCGCAGACAUUAAAGCCCGUGCUCUGCAGGCCCGAGGGGCGAGAGGCCACCACGGCCAUCGAGAGGCGACCACCACUGCCAUCGGAGGGGGGGGUGGCCCGGGUGGAGGUAGCAACGGGGCCACUGAUGAGGGAGGUGGCAGAGGCAGCGACAGUGGUGAUGCUGGUGAGACCUGUGGCAACUCUGAGCCCAGGGGAGCCCCAGGCACCCUUGGAGAGAGUGCGCCAGAUAUACAGCGAGCACAACUACUGCCGCCUUGUCCUCUGAAUGGGGAACACGCCCAGGCCCGAAAAGUCACAUGCAGAGCCAGGAGAGAGGACCUUCCUUUUCUCAAAAAGGAGGAAAGCUGCUCAUUGCCGGGGGGCUCUGGUGUACUCGCAAGGGGACUGGAAGAUGCCUCCCAGCCCCCCACUGCACCCACUGGGGACCCACCAUGCCAGGCUUUGCCCCCAUUGUCCUCUCAAACCCCAGUGGCUGAGAGGCUAGUGGAGCCCCCUAAGUUGCAUCUGGAUAAUAGAACUGAGCAUAUGUCUGGCACUCCUUCUUGGGAAGGCAGGAAUGAGUACCCAGGAGUCACUACUCCCCUAGAGAAUGAUCCUGUACCAUCUGUGGUGGGAGGUGUAUUAGAAGGAGGAACGGGCCAGGAUGUGGGCAGUAAGCUUGAUAGGAAGGAUUCCAUACCUGAGUCAUCACUGCCUGCCUGCCUGCAGGACAGAGCAUUUGCUGCUGAAUUAGGACUUGGUGACUCAAGCCUACCCAUUAGGGACAGUAAGAGUAGACAAGAAGCCUUGACAACCAAGGCUGUCCCUUGGAUGCCAUUCCUAUCAAAUGACAAGGGAGUGAAACAGUCUGAGCCAGAAUCCAGAGAGAAUGAACAACCUGUGGAGCCCCAAGUUGAAGAGCGGGAACAAGUUGUUCCCCUCACUGUUGCAGUAGCCCGCAGUUUGACAACCAAGGAGGGUGAGGAUGAGGAGGGUGGGACUUCUCCUGACCACUGUGCUUUGCUCUGGACACCUCAUGGAGGCCAAGAGGCCACUGGCAGCACCGGCAAGCAGGUUGUCAUUGAAAAGCUAAAACUCAAUGGAGACUCUGAAGCACUGAGUCCUCACAGUGAAUCCACAGACACAGCCUCUGACUUUGAAGGCCACUUCACUGAGGACAGCAGUGAAGCUGACACCAGUGACAUUGCAGUGGCAAAGGAAUCGGUGGUGAACAAGAAGAGGUGUGACUGGAACCCCUGCACCCCGCUGUCCAAGGUGCACAGUGACCCAGGCAUGCCGACGAGGACAGAGGGAAUUGCUCCACCCCAGAGCUGGGUAUCCCGAGUGUGUGCAGUUCCCGUGAAGACCCCAGCCUCGCUGCUGUUGGCCAGUCCCGAGCACCAGCCAAGACCCAUGUGCCUGCCUGGGUCAGGCUCCUCGGUGGAGGCCGCCAGUCCACUGGUGAUAAAGUUACUGCAGGGUGAUUUGCCCUUGGGGAAGGUUUUUCCUCCAGGCCACAGAGGCAGCAAGCCAGAAUCAACACAACUACCACUUACAGGAGAACAGAGCCAGGGUGGCCUCGUGGGUGUGGAAACUUUGCACAAGCCUAGGGGAAGUCCCCUGAUUGGCACAAGCAGUGCUGCCUCACGGGCAUUAAAGGAGCCUCUUCUGCCUAAGAACCAUGAAGCCACUCCUUGUCUUGACAGGGCUGAGACCAUGCAGGCGCCUGGAGCUCCCCAGAAGAUUUCCAAGACAGUCUCAAGUUCAGACUCCCUCCAUCCAGUGACAAAUCCAGUCCCCUCUGGGAAGCUGGAAGACAUGGAUUCCAAAGAACAUUUCUCUUCAUUUAGUCCUGAAGAGCAGAAGGAAGCCCAGGCCUCAUCCCAGUGCAGCAGCUCAAGUGCUGCUCCAGGCACAAGUGCAGGAGACCUCACUACCUCGAGAGUGCCGCACGCGCUCCCCUCUCCACAUGCGGGCCCCAGUGGUCCCCCGCAGGCAGGGGGCUCCCCAAGUGAUCACAGCCAUGCUGGAGGCCAAGGGAAGAAGCUCUUUGGCACUAGGAAUGUGACUACAACCAUUCAGCACCCCCCACCUUCAGACCCCACGCCACUGCCAGCUGAGGCCCCUCCAGUUCACAGCAGGAAGCUGGGGUCCGACGGAAUACAGACUGCACGGGUAGAUUGGGCUCCGAAGCCGCCACCCACGCCUGCAGACAGCAUCAAGAGCGAAAAGGCUUUUGUGGGGAGUUCUCCUAAGGCAAAUGCAGAGAACAGAAAAGGUGCUGGGCAGAGUCCUCUGGAGUUGAUGGGUCACUUGCAAGGAGUACCCUUUGUUAUGGACCUGCCCUUCUGGAAGUUAGCCAGAGAGCCAGGGAAGGGGCUCAGUCAACCUCUGGAGCCUUCUUCCAUCCCCUCUCAACUCAACAUCAAGCAGGCUUUUUAUGGGAAGCUUUCUAAAUUCCAGCUGAGUUCCAACAGCUUCAACUACACCUCCAGCUCUCCAGCUUUUCCCAAAGGCCUUGCGGGCAGUGUGGUGCAGCUGAGCCACAAAGCAAACUUUGGUGCAAGCCACAGUGCAUCCCUCUCCCUGCAGAUGUUUACUGACAGCAGCACGGUGGAAAGCAUCUCGCUCCAGUGUGCGUGCAGCCUGAAAGCCAUGAUCAUGUGCCAGGGCUGUGGUGCGUUCUGUCAUGAUGACUGCAUUGGACCCUCAAAACUAUGUGUAUUGUGCCUUGUGGUGAGAUAAUAAAUUAUGGCCAUUGGAAAAAUUGUAUAUUUAGUGUGUGUAUUUUGAUAAUGAUUGACCUUAAAUCUGUAUACAGAAUGUUACUGAUAAAAUAGACUCUUUGUCUCUAGGCAAUAGCAGUCUUGACUCUCCCUAAAACUUACAGUGCUAAAGCCCUCUGUCACUUGUCAACCUUUCUGGUCUUGCUGGAGGGGUUUUCUCGGGGGCCAGCCUAUGGGACUGCCCAAGGCCAGCCAACCUGACCCCUCUUGUAGACUCAGCCUGGUGUGGCAGGGGAGCCAACCUGACCCCCAGAUGGACUUGAAACUGAAGCCAGAAGGCAGUAUUCUCCAAGGGAAGCCUCCUGACCUGAGCAGCAGUCAGUCUUCCACCUGCCUCCCUGCGAUCCUCCUGCUAUUUUGGGGAGUUGAUGGCUGGGAAUAAAAGCUGCGAGGGUUAAAUAACUCCCACGGUUGCCCACCAGGGGCUUUAAGCACCUGCUGACCUCAAGGUCACAGUCAUUGGGACCUUCCUGUCUCUGUGUGACCCAUGGUUCCAUGGAAUCUUUUGACCGCUUUAGUUUCUUGGACAGCAGGGUCAGGAAAUAAGGUUGCUGCCAAUGGAUAUGCCUUCUGUAGAGCUGGUGAGGCAGCUGUGGACAUUUGUGGGUGACUCCUGCUUGCCGCCUACCCCAGCACUGGACUCUGCGCGUGGGCCCCUCCACACGUGUAUGUGAAAGUCAUUUUACAUUUCCAAGCAGUGUGUUUCUUAUUUUUAUAUUUUUAACUUUCUUGGUUGUUUAAGGUGAACUUUUUGGCUUCUGUAAGUAUGCUCUAUGCACCUCUAAUGUUUUAUCCUGUAUUUAUAUGUUGUAUACAGUACUGGCCAAUUCUGUAAAUGGAUGUAUUGUACAGAGAACAUGAGUGUCUCUUCGUUAUUUUACAUCUUCAGCAUCAAUUGCAUUAAAGUGGUGUCAUUUACUUCUCUCCACCAAUUGUCAGAGCCGCUGAGUGCUGUGCUGCCUGACGUGAGGGGGAAGUGACUGACCUGUGAUCUGUGGCUGGUCCCCAUCACCAGGGGAUCUGCUGGCUUCAGAGCCACAGCUGGCUCAUGUGCACGCCACUGAGCAAAUGCAUCUUGCUCCCCACAUCUGUUCUCUGCUCCAGCUUUUAAUGGCUCCUCGCGGCCCUCUGUGACAAAUCGCCGCCACCAGUGUUAAGUGCUUCUGAAUCAAUCCUUGGGUAAGUUCUCUGGGCAACCCUCAGGCCUGCCUUGGGCUCUGAGCCUCUUACUUGUCACUGCAAUACCUAGCUGACUUUUGACAAUAGGGUGGGAAGAAACAAAAGCCAUGCUUGCUGCCUGCCUCUCCCAACACAUUCCAGCAGGCAGAUGCCCCUGUGUUUGACCCAUUCCUGCCUUGUUUUUUGUCUCUACUUACUGCAGAGCUGCAGGUCCUUGAUUCAUCCAGGCAGGUUUGUCUCCCUAUAAAAUUGUAUGCCUUAGGCAAGUUUUAUUUCAUCUGAAAGGUGACUUUUCCCCCUUUUAAUCUGAGGUGGCAUUUUUUAAUCUUUAUUUUUUUGCCUUCUGAAGCAUGAAUGAGAAGUUGGCAACACAGUGAUUUAAGUGCACUAUUGGCAAAGUCCAAGUUGUCAGCUCAAGAAUCUGUUUACCAAAGACAGGGAUCAGGAGCCCAUGCGUGUCCCGUCCUUUAGGGGAUCUCAAAGGUCCAGCUUACCACUGGCCUGGCCGUGGGGCUGCCCAGAAACAUCACUCUCCUUAUGUCUCUGUGGUAUUGGAAAAAUAAACCUGUACAACCUACA